UAAAUCGGUUUAGGUCGGCAGUUGUUUAGUGAAAUUUUAGGUGUCAGUGUUAUUUUUAUUGUGAAAUUUGUGAAACUUUCAUUCGGGAUUACAAAAGUGUGACGAGUUCUUAAUCUUUGUCUAGGUAUUGUGUACGAUUGAGUUAACUGUAAUGGCUACUGAACAUUUUUGUUUGAGGUGGAAUAAUCACCAGAGCACUUUGGUUUCUGUAUUUGACAAUUUAUUAGAAAGUGGAACUUUAGUCGAUUGCACAUUGGCUGCUGAUGGUCGAUAUCUUAAAGCACAUAAAGUGGUUCUUUCAGCAUGCAGCCCUUAUCUAGGGAUGUUGCUGAGCCAACACUACGACAAACAUCCAAUCAUCAUUUUGAAAGACGUUAAGUUUGAAGAGUUAAAAGCCAUGUUGGACUACAUGUACAGGGGGGAAGUGAAUAUCUCGCAAGAACAACUUUCAACGUUUCUAAAAGCGGCAGAGACAUUACAGAUCAAAGGGCUUACGGAUGCGGGUAGUGACGAGGGUAACGGAUUACAGUCGAACCGGCCGCCUUCUAGCAACUCUACAACUUCGGCCAACGAGGACCCUCAAAGCCCUGGCCCACCGGGGGAUGGAGGCAGUUCGCCGGGUCCGAGAAAACGGAAACGCAACAAACACGGGGACGAUGGGGAGGGUGACAGUGCGUCUAAAAUCUCGUUGAGCGAGGGAAGUGAUCGGUUGUCGGCUACGAGUGUGGGAUCUCCAAGUGCUAAGAGUGGGAGUGUGAAGCGUGAACCGGGGGAUGGGGAUGGGGACGGACAGUUGAGUGUGGACGAGAGUGGUGAAGUGAUGAUGAUGUCAAGACCUGGACCUUCCAACGGAGGAACCAACAACAAAGCUCCAUGGAUUCUCUCUGCGGACAGCUCGGGGGAGGAGAUGCAGCUGACGCCGCAAGGAGGAGGACAGCAGCAGUACUUGCAGCAGAUGAUGCAGCAGAUGUACGGGGGGAUGUGGAUGGACGGAGGAAUGCAAAGUUCCAACUCAGGUCAGACUCCCACAGACAUGGAGCAGGAGAUGCUAGCCGCCUACCGCUACGGUCGACCCAACUGGAACGCCAACAGGUACUUGUGCACCAAUUGUGGUAGAACUUACUCCUUACAAGCCUCUCUUUACAACCAUAAAAAGUUUGAGUGCGGAAAAAUGCCCAACUUCAUCUGUCCGUACUGUCCCCAUCGUACGAAACAAAAGGGAAACUUGAAGACACACAUCAAGAAACGCCAUCCAGAAUUUUUCUCAGAGCCAUUCAUGCCUUCUCCGAGCAGGUUAAAUUCGAUGAUGACUUCCAUCAUGAUGCAGAACUCCAUGCUGCAGCAAAAUAUGAGUGCGAUCACCUCUCAAAACACGCCUACUUCUCAAACACAGAGUCCGAUGCAUAACUCGAUAGUGCAAAGCUCUAGAAUGCAGAACUCCUCUUCCAACUACAUGCAGAACUCUAAAAAUCCAUCCAUCAACAAUCUGCUGCAAGCGAUGAAGAAUAUGCCUCCCACUUCCUCGUCUGGACAGAGCGCCAAUGCUCUCGCCAACGCCAACUUCAUCCAAGCCCUUGCUCAGAGCUUACCCAACUCCACUAGCAUUUCUCCUCUAGACAUCAUGCAAGUUCUGGCUCAAGGUUCCCAAGCUCCCAAGAGUCCGAUGACGCCUCACGUCGGAAUGUCACCCAAGAACACCUCUCAGUCCAACUUCAACGCUUCCCAGAGUCCGAUGCCUUCUAGUAGAAUGUCUCCAAUGAACGCUUCCCCAGCGAGCACCAACCCUCCUCAGAGUCCGAUGGCUGCCAACGUCACGCCUACGAUCAACGGAGGAAUCAAGUCUGAACUUCCCAAACAAGAAGGCCCUGAAGACUCGUCUUCUGAGGCUCCUAAAAGUCCUCCAGCUUCGAACUUCACCUCCCUCUCUCUGGAGCCUGCAGACUCCGAUGACUCUUCCGACAUCAUGGUCCUACCCAGCUAUCCUGUAAGUCAAUAGUUAGUAGUUAUAUAUGUGGCUAGGUAUUUAUUGAAUGCAAUAACGAUAUACUUAACUAUGCAAUCAAAUAUGCAAACAAUAAUGUAAUAUUUAUUCGAUGUGAACCUUGUAUUAUGUCUAAUUAAGCUAAGAGAUAUAUCAUAAAGGUUUUGAGUAACAAAACUAAAAGCUGAGAUUGAGUAGGUCAAACAGUGGAAUAUUUUUUUAUGGUACAUUUUAGUCUGUUUAUUAGACCUUCUCACAUUUCUUGACUGAAAUUAAUUAGUUUCAAAAACUUAAGUAGAAAUUGUACUCGGGUUGGUCAAUUUUUUUGUUUGUUAAAUCAUUAUUAUGUGAUUGAAAUUAAAUCACAUGUUGGUCAUAUUAUCUAUUUCAGUUGAACUGGAUUUAUAGCUAAGAUUAAUUUAAUAUUUAUUAACACUUGCCUCACAAUAUUACAAGUCAACAUUUCUCAAUUCUAAAAUUCUCCGUAGAUAUGACUGUUUGAUACUUUGUAAAUAUACAAGACAAACAUAUUGCCAGCCAUUAAAUUUCCUCUCUAAAUCUCUUCUUCAGACAAAUUCUGUAUUCGGUAGUUAAAUUAAUAAUGUUAUUGCUACUUAGUUUUUCCUAUCAACUACAACUUCUCUAGCAUGUAAACUAUUUACAAAAGUAACUGUUCCGCUGGCAAUCUCGCUGUCUUGCUACUCCGUCUCGGCUUUGAGAGUUGCUGUAUAUAUUCCUGAGCUCACGUCUCCUUUACCUCGCAACUUUAGAAAAAGAGAGAGACCAAAAAUCGUGUCGCGUGUAGCUCCGUUUAUUCAAGUGAAUGCAAAUUAUUUUUCAGUGAUUAGAUUUUUCAUGUUUUUACUACCAUCUGACAUUAAGGUAUUACCAUUGCAAGUCGGCUUUUCUUGAACUACUUAACGAAAAACACCAGAACCUACUACUAGUUAGUUUUGUGUUUUUCUCAUUGUUUCUUCAUCAUUUCAUUUUAAUAUUGAUAUCGCAAUGAAUAAAAAAUUAUAUAAUGGGAAGAAAAUAGUUAUUUUUUAAAUACUUUUGAGUAGUAAUUUAUACUGUGUAUUUUUUAUAUGAAAUUAUUUUUUUAAGUUUUUUUUGUUGUUUAUCCAUUAAAUAAAUGCUUUAAAUUGCCCCAGCUUGCAAUGAUAAUUCUUCAAUUGUGAGGAUUCAGAUUCAUAUUUAAUCAUUGUUACAUAUUCAAAGAUCACCUUUUAUAUUUAUCUUAACCCAUCAAAGAAUUAGUUUAUACAAAUUUUAUAUCAACUUUAGUAUUAUUAAUUUUAUGUUGUAAUUAAUAUGUUUAUGUAAUGUUAUACGAGUUGAAGUGUUCCUGUAGGCAAAGAUUGUUUAGGCAGGUGAAAGGGCUCUGUAUCUGUGCAAUUUAUAUUUUGUAAAUAAUGAAAUUUUACCAUAAAUAGUUAAAUAUUGGAGUAACUUGUUAUUUUUUUUAUUGUUUGAUCAAACAUCACAUUUUAUGUUUGAAAUACUUCAUUUACUCUUUCGUAACGGUUUUAAAUGUUUUAGCUGGCUUUAACUUUGAAGAAUCGGUGUUGUUAUAUGAGCAUUGGAUGAUUUUCAAUAGUUUAAUAAUGUUAACUUUACCUAAUGAAUUUUUUCAUAUUAAAAUUGUUUUAAGUUUAUAUCUUUGCAUGGUAUAUAUGGAUUUAUUUAAGACAGGCAGACAGUAGAUGUUUUUUUUUUUAUAGAGAAAGAGUAAAUGAAGCCGCAAGCUUUAUAAGUUACUGUUGUUUUAAUACAUGGAUUUUAAUAAUAGCGUUGCAGUGUUAAGAGGUUUUCCGUUUAAUUUUAGAGAAUCUUUUAUUGAUGUUAUGAAAGUAAAUCAAACCAAGAAUCUAUUUGGUUUAUAGUUUUUAAAAAGAAACAGUAUGACUAGGAAGAUGAACUUUAUUUGCAUGCAGUAUUAUCAAUAUUGUUAUUUAUUUACUUGUGUAUGUAUUUUUUAUACUUUUCUUGACCUAAAUUUAGAUGCAAGAUUAUUUUUAUAUUGUGUUAUGGAUGACAUAUCUCUGAGAAAUGGUGUUUACAAAAAAGUGUUAAGUAGUUAAGACUAACAGUAAGCCUUUAUAGUUUGAACGUUUUGUCGAAUUUGGCUAGUCUAAGUUACCUGGUAAGUGAAUUUAGUUCUCCUCUUGACAAGUUUUAAAAUUUGAUUGUUUUUUACCUACCCUACUAAAAUAAUAGGGUUGAACUAAAAAGAAAUAAUAUUAUAGUGCAAUUUAUUAAUUUUUUCUAUUGAUUUGGAUAGUUAUUUGUUGAAAUUUUUAUUACAUUUCCCAAAGUGCCCUAUGUUUGUGUUGAUCUGAUCUUUGUUAGUUUAGGUUUUAGAAAACUCGUUUUUGAGAUAUAUUAAACCCCCAUGACUUUUGUCAUAUCAUAAGUAAAUGAUUGUUGUUUGUUCCCCUAGGGGCGUUUUCUGUAGUUAUUCACAUUUAACUGAAUGCCAUUGAAUUCCGAGUGCUGGUAACUCUGAGAAUUAUGUUUGGUAUUUUAAAUGGCUUGAUGUUUUGUAUCUGAAAUUCCUAAGUUUCUUCAUGUGUUUUGGCACCAUGGAUUCAGUUAAAAAGAAUUAGGAAUUUCAUAAGAGAAACAACUAUUUUUAUGUGUUUUAAAGUUGAUUCUUUAACUCAUUCUGCCUAAAAGGUAUAAGCCAAUGUAUUCACACUAUAAAAUAUUUUUUAAGGACCAGAGUGGCUUUAGUGCUCUUCUCUCCCUCAAUUCUGAAGAUUGCUGGUUCGAUUCUAGACCUAGAGAGACUAUUUGUCAUUGGCCUACUUAAUUAUGCUUUAAACUAAAAUUUGACGUUAUAUAGUAACAAUACUAUAUUGCCACAGUUCUCAAGUCACAUAUUUUACAAAAAGACAUAACAAAUUAAAAUAAAAUAUUCAACUAAACAGACAGCUCUGAAAGAGUUAUUUUAUUACGUCUACGGCCAAACUAAGCGUACAAAACGAACAGAAAACGCCCCUUGACUGGUAUUUUGUUGUCAAGUGCUUCUUAUUAGUCCAAUAAUCGGUGUCUCGUAUUCAUUUGUAAUUUGGAUGUGGAUAAAAGGCUGACAAGAUCUGGUUAUUUAUUUGUGUAUACCCGUUACGUUGAUACGUAAUAGUUUUAGUUUCUUCAGCUACAGUAUUGUCAAUUCGCCUAUCUCGACGAUAUUAUCUGUAUUAUCCUUUACUUGAAACGUUAGCCUCAGUAUUAUUUAUAUUGUAAGGUUAUAUGUGAACGUUAUAUGUGUACGUGGUGAUUGUUUAAACUCCUAUGCAACAGAAUCAAAUCAAAAUAUAGAUUAUUUGGUGUCGUCCCUUAUCCCAUGUCAGAGCAAAUUUCUGUGUUAGAUCAAUAGCUAGUUUCGUUGGCUGUAUGGUGGAUUGAUUUUUGUAUGAUCAAAUAUAUAGAUAGUAUAUUAUUUAAGAAUCGAUAGAAAUUGUUACGAUCAUACUUCUCACCAAUAUUUUUUUAUACUUUUACCUUAAAAUGGUGACCAUACGAAUGUAGGUAUUUUAAGCCAUACCAUUGAUACAUAGCUAAUAAAAUCUCAGGUCUAUUGUACAACAUAAUCUCUCCUAAAACUUUUACAAGAUUUUUUUGUUGAAAUCAAAUAGGUACUGGAUUCUUUACCAACUAAAUUGAUUGUAAUUAUUUCAGUAAAAUUUCUUUGAGUUUUAAAAUUGACUAGGGAUAUUAUUAUAAGCAUCUUAUUCGUGUAUUUAAGUUGUAGACUGUUUUAAAAUGAAAAUAAACGUAAUUGAAUGUUCCGAGAAAGUGUGCUGAUCUAAAUUAAUCACCGAUUUCCGUCACACUCACCUUUUACAUGCACACCUUUAUACGAGAGCUGAAAGGAUAACUUAGUACUGAAAACUAAUUAAGUAAAUGUAAUUUUUACAUUGGCUCACCCUGAAAUUGGUUUAUUUGAUCAAUAUGAAUUAAAAACAAAUGUCUAAAAGUCAAUAGUGUGAUAUAAGGUUAUUUAUUUUAAUCUUUUUCACCAACAGGUUUAUUACUAUUUUUUUUAAUGCAACACCAAAUGUUUUUAUUAUUAUAUGCCAAAUUUUUGUUCUUUAAGAUCAUGAAUAUUUUUAUUGUAAAUUUGUGCCCAUCUGUGGCUUAAAUUUUGGACCAUGAUUCACCAUAAUGAUUUAAACUCCCUUUUGAUGAUUUCUUAGUCCUCACAUGCAUGAAUAAAUCUUAUAAUUUUUUUACUCUUUCCAAUGUUUAGCGAAACUCCGCCAUACAGCCAUACACAGAAACUACACAUGCCUUAUUAUUGUUUAUCUGAGUUUUGCCGUUGGACUGUUGUUGUUAUUUUUAUACUGCCUUGAAGCAUUUACAAUGGUCGCUUGUGAGAUUGUUUGUUACAAUUUCUUGUAUAUUACAUGCCUAGAAUACAUUACCAGGAGCAUAUAUACACUUUUAUAUCAUAUUUAAUUAGGGUUAACGAGUAGUAUUUAUUUGUUUAUGUGCAUUUGGUUCCCAAGUAUUCUUCCUACGUGGCUGGACUGUGUUAAACUGAAUAGUUGUUGGUUAACAAAAUGUAUUAGGGAAAUAAAUUAAUUUAUAAAAGUAGUUAUGAAAUUGAACACUGUUAAAAUGACUUGUUUUAGUAAAUAUACAACAAUUUUUUUACAAUUUCAAAUUGUGUUUAUACAUUUUUAUGAUUAGUUGUGUCUUGCCAGCAAGUUUUGCGAACUUGGCGAGGCCAAGCAACUGUUAUUUUAUGAAUAAGUAUAUUUGAAUGCAUUUAUGGUUCAAGUAUAAACUUUGUUGAAAUAGUGUAUUAGAAAAUGUGGGAGUAAGAUUUAGUGUUUUGGAAAUUUAUGGAAAAAAUUAUCAAACAAAAUAACUGCUGAGAGACUGUCAUUUUUUUUAAUUAUUUACAUAAGCUUAGCUUGUUCAAUUAACUAUUCAACUAUUUCAAUUAACUAAGUUUCAAACGCCUUACAGUACCAUUAUAAAACCUUAAAAAAUUAAUAAACACUUUACGUUAAAAUAAAAUGCCUUUUAUCCCUUAAGGGGGAAGACUAUGUCAGGUCAAAGGUAAGAAACAAGGAUGAAGAAACAAUAAUCUCAAUUACAGUGGAGUUUGAUAUAUUAUUGUCAAAACUUGUAUAAAAGGUCAACUGAAUGUUUACCUUAAAAUAAGUAAACACUACUUACAUAGGAAGAGACUUGCUUCGUAAUGUACCUAAAUAGAUACCAUUCAGUUGAUUUUUUUAAGGAGUCAGUUAUGCCAUGUUUUUUUAUACACCUGGAACUGUUUUACACAUUACUUCAGGCUAGACCUAGAGGGCUACGGUAUUAUCACCUAGGUAAAAUCCACGGUAAUUGGCAGGAUUUGAACCCGGUACCUCUGGGGCUUAAGUCACAUGCUUUACCGUUAAACCAGCUGUCUCCCGCAAGUUUGGAUAGAAGAGUUGUUGACUUUGAAUUGUGCCAUUAAACGUAUUAUUGUAAAACCCAAUGUCUCAUGUUGGUAAUAUUGAUUAAAUGUUUCAAUUUUACUUUUGAGUAGAUUAUGCAAUCUCUGAUUUUUUUAGAGGUUGGCAGCCUCUCUUAACCUUGCAUUUGCCCAUCCACAUAGGCUAUGGACAUGUGCACGGAACGUAUCCAGCAAAGCAAGGGGUGUAUCGGUACUACAAGGGUGAACUGUACUGAAAAAAGGACAAGUUUUCUUGAAAAUCAGAGGGCAAACUAAUGUUUAUACUUAAAUUGUAUUCAGAAAAUUGUUUUAAAAUAAGCUAAAUAACAAGACAAAAAUAAUAAACAACAAAAUUUACAUCACUUAGGUGGAACUAUCUUAAAACGGUCUUCAGUUAUUCUAUAAGGAUUUAGCCUAUCUAAAAAAAAUUAAAUAAUUUUUUUCAAGCGGGAUCAUUAAUGUCAUGAAUUCUUAACUUAAAAAUUACUUACUUUGACAUUCAACUGUUAUCAUAUUUUAGUCAAAAAUUGUAUGUUAUGCCUUUUUUCUGCCCUACCAAAGUUCCUAGUGUGAAUAUAUCAAGUUAUGAAGAUGAGUAUUGUUGCAUGCUGUAUUAAAUGUUUAAUAUCAUAUAAUAUCUACUUUAAGAACUCAGUUUUGGACGGUUCAGCCACUUAAUCCUCCAUCAUUUUAGUUAGACUAUGCAUUAGUAAAAUAUUUAUUUAACAGUGUUUGUCUGAUAAUUUGGUAAUACUGUUGCUUCCGCUUUGGUUGUCUUUGGAUAUUGUUUAGAAUAAACAAAUUUAUUUAUCAAUUAUUAUAA